UAUAAAAUGAUUUUGUAGCCGAGUCAAUCCAAACCAAUUACUAGCAGUUGGACUUUUUAACAGCCCUCAUUUCAUGCCUAGUUGCACUUGUCUUCUUUAUUGAGCUUCAUUCGUCACCGUCAACUUUUCUUUCAAUCCCACCUUUCUUUUCAAUCCACGUCCACCAAUCUCUCACAAGUCAUCAUCAUUUUCCCCUACAACAACACCCCCCCUCCCCCAACCGGCUCCCGCCAACCGCCUUUUUCUACUCUUUUUCUUCCCAUCCCUCGUCCUUCCCCCUCCGCUUUUUCACGGCCUCUUCUCUCAUCCGCUCUCAAAAUCUUAUUUCACCUUUUAUAACCAUUUUCCUGUUUCUCUUGUACGCCCAAGUUCGCCAUCGAAUUUCACCUGAGCGAUUGGUUGAUCUGCAUAAAUCGAUCAAUCGCUCGUGCAAUAGAUUUUUUUUUUUUUCAGUUCGUCGUAAUUUAUCAGGCUGAUAAGGAAAGGAAGAGACCAAAGGAAAUGGCGGAGGAGCAAAAAUUGCAGGAGCCCGGAAGCCACAGGCUCUGUGCUAACAAUUGCGGUUUUUUCGGCAGCCCCACGACUCUUAACCUCUGUUCCAAGUGCUACAAAGAUCAUUGCCUGAAAGAGCAACAACUGAAAGACGCAAAAUUGGCCGUGGAGAAAACCCUAACGCCGCCGGAGACAUCCUCGGUCUCGCCUCUCCCUUCACCGGAUGUCAAAAUUGAUACUAUUGCUAAUCCUGCAGAGCCGAAGGCGCCGGCGGAGGACACUGUCUCUACAUCGGCAGCUCCAGCCGCAGGCGCGGCAGCGCAGCCGAACCGGUGCGCGAGUUGUAGACGGCGCGUGGGAUUCACGGGCUUCAAGUGCAGGUGCGGAAUCACGUUCUGCGCAUCCCACAGGUACCCCGAGCAACACGGUUGUACUGUUGAUUAUAAGGCUAUGGGAAGAGAGGCUAUCGCCAAGGCCAACCCGGUUGUUAAGGCCGACAAGCUUGAUAAGAUCUGAGCCGUUGGAUGGAGAUUAUUGAUGCGUGCCUGUUUUAUGAUUGUGAAGUACAGGGCGAUCUUUGAUUGCGGGCCCCUUGAUGGUUGAUCGACGGUCGGGAGAUUGUCGGAUGGAAAUGUUUAAUCGAUUCUGGUAGUAGACAGCUAGGUUCAUUCUCAUGUGGUGGAUAUUAGUUGGAGGGAUGGACCAUUUUCAAUUCUCUUGAAAAAUGGGAUUGUCUACUCACUACCAAUAUUAAUUCCCAGCGCCCCCCUCUUCCCCUCCAAAAAAAAAAAAA